ACGCGGCCAGCCAGAAUCCAAAUCUAAGGCACAGUGUUGCAGAAGGACACACAAUAAUUGCACUAUAAUAAGUAUAUGACCGAGCACCAGAUGACGCCAUCCAAUUAUUUCGUUACGCAGCACUAUUUGGUUGCUAUCGUUCAAUCAGUCUAUCGAUAUCAACAAUAAGCACAUGCGAACAGGCAGCCUAAUAACGUUGAAAUAAGUAGUUUUAUUAGCUUGAAGACAACAAUUGGGAAGCAUGAACAACUUUAAGACCAUCGAAAUUGUCUCCGAUUCAACCGGAAAAGAAGAGACAAAAGCCCCCAAACGAAGUGUCGGUGGAAAAUCUAAGACACUCAGCGAUCUUGAUGUUAAAACAGUCAAGAUCCAAAAAAUGGUACCUGAUGUAGCAUAUCCAUGCACUUUGGGCCAGACAAAAACAUCGACUGGCACUGCGGCUGAUGUAUCCAGUAAGAGUGAACGCGACAGGUCCAGGAAGAGCCAGCAUGGUGCCAGAAGCAUAAGUGCUGACCCACAGCUCGAGUCGGUUGCUGCAGAUGGGCUGGGAGCCGGUGGAUCUGUGGCGCCCAGACUGAAGCCCGGUCUGGCAUCACGGCGAAAACAGGUAAUAACGCCAAGACCUUUCCUGGAGGACGAUAUCUUCUGAUCGCGACCGAGGAUAUGCCAAUUCAACCUCCUCGGCUUCAUCCCCAGCCAGUUGCAGCCAGAAAUUACCCGCCAGGGGAGUUGCGAAGGCCAAAAACCCGUAGUAUUAUCAUCUUAUAGUAUAUAAACAUAAAAUGAAAUAAAAGAUUUCGGAGUUAAGCU